AUGGCUCAUAUACCAACCGUUGAGCUCGCCACGAGGAAUGACCUCCCCGACAUUCUAGACGUCUACUUCGACGCCUUUUCAGGACCUUCCUUCACGAGCAUAUUCCCCGUCGAACCAAGCUUCGACUACCACAAACGCGCAUGGGGAACAUUCUUGGGUGUCUAUGAGCGAAUACCCGGUAUGCAAGAUUGUAAAAUAUUUGUGAUUAGAGACACGGAUGGAAAAGUUAAAUCCGCAGCAUUGGUAUGGAUCAUCAAACCAGAAGACCGGGGCUUUAAAUCCUGGCAGCAUAGAUGGCCGGAUGCAUUCCCCGGCAUGAACGGCGAUACGUUGAGGGCAUUCUAUGAGGGCAUGGGUUCUCAGCAUCACGCUGUCAUGGCCGACAAGGAGCACAUUUAUCUUGAAAUCAUCAUGACACACAGCUCAGCCCGUAAACAAGGCCACGCAUCGGCAUUACUCGCCAAAACGACGGCCCUGGCGGAUGAGCUUGGCUAUGCGACUUACUUGGAUGCGGAUGAGGGUGCAAUGGGCUUGUAUACAAAGCAUGGGUUUGCGUACCGAGACGACGUGGAGAGAACGAGUGCCAUGUUUCCCAUGGUACGGGAUAAACAAACGUAG